AUGGCACCUGCCACGACCCCCGCUGCACCCCGCACUCCCCGGAUCCUGCGGGCAGCCCUGCUGCUCCUGCUCCUGGUCGCCGCCUGCCGACCCGCUGCAGGGGCACCCGUGGGCUCUGAACUGCGCUGCCACUGCUUGGAGACCGUGCGGGGGAUUCACUUCAAGAACAUCCAGAGCGUGACUGUCACCCCCCCGGGACCCCACUGCUCGCAAACCGAAGUCUUAACCACUCUCAAGAAUGGCCAGGAAGUGUGUCUUGAUCCAGAAGCCCCCAUGGUUAAGAAACUCAUAGAAAAGAUGCUUAAAAAGAGCCAAUCAAGCUAGAUUGAAGAAAGAAG